UCGCCUCGGUUCGACGAGCCCGGCCUCCACCGGUGGAGCCGACGGUGGGACUCGAGCUGCUGAAAGGGGAGCCGUGCGACCCUCCAUCCGCUGCUGCCGUGACCAUGUUGAGUGUCAAGCCGGGGCCGCGCUUCACCGUCCCCGACUGGCAGACGAGCAACAUCCUGCUGUCCAGCAACGCGGAGCGCCAGCGGGAUGCCGCCUAUCAGAUCCGCCAGGAAGCCCGGACUCUCCGAAAUGAGGCCAACAACCAGACCAAAUGGGAUGAACAUGACAACCGGACCCGCCUGGAGGAGCGGAUCGACGGCGUCAAACGGUGGAAAGAGGCUCUGGACAAGUGCUUGGCGGAGAUUGAUGCUGAGAUUGAUGCUCUGAGCAAGAUGAAGGAGGCGGCAGAAGGGGCCCUGCAGGCCAAAGGCCUGCCCCUGGACGUGGCCAUCGAGUGCCUGACGCUGCGGGAGAGCCGGAGGGACAUUGAUGUAGUCAAGGACUCUGUGGAGGACGAGCUGCGCAAGGAGGUGGAAUUGAUCGGCAGGGUUAAGCAGACCUUGCAAGGCAGGAUUGACGAGGCUUUCGAGCAGCUGUGCCGUCUGCAGGAGGCCCGGCAGCAACUCAACUUGGACCACCGAAAUAAGAUGGAGGCCCUAGAGAUCGAUCGUGUUUGCCAUUCACUUAACGUCAACUCCCCCAAUAUCUCGCUGAAGGUCAACCCCACCCGGGUGCCCACGGGAUCGACAACGCCACAGCAGUGGGACGAAUUCAGUCAGUACAACAAGGACCGGGCGGAAGCCGAGAUAAAAGCGUCGGCGGAACUGCGAGAGGCCAUCGCCCUGACCAUCGCUGGGACCAAUAACGAGUUGGAGGCCCAGCGUGUGAUGGCUGAAUUUGCCUUCCGGAAGAGAAUGCGGGAGAUGGAGAAAGCCUACGACGAACUCAAAUGGCAGGAGAAGAACAUCCUGGAAGAGAUCGCGAGCAUGGAGGAAGACAUCCGCAGACUGGAGGAGGAUCUGCGCAGGAAGGUGGACAACCUGAAGCUGGCACACACAAGGCUGGAGACGCGUACCUACCGGCCCAACGUGGAUCUCUGCCGGGAUCAGGUGCAGUACGGCCUGACUGAUGAGGUUCACCAGCUGGAGGGCACCAUCGCUGGGCUGAAGCAGAAGCUGGCACAGUCAAAGGAUGCCCUGGAUGCCCUGCACAAACACCUGGCCCGAGUGCAGGCCGACGUUACGUGCAAGGCCAACUCGCUGCAGCUGGACAACAAGUGCAUGGACACCCGCCGCAAGCUGACCGUGCCGGCCGAGAAGUACGUGCCCGAGAUGGACGCUUUCAACCGAACCACCAACCGCACUCUACCCACCGUUAGGAGCUACCAGCUGGAGCUGGCUUAACCUAGAAGAAAGAGGGACUGUGGAGGACUUGUCCCCGAGACAGAGAAAUUGGGGGUGGUGGUGGGGGCCUGAGUCCACAUUUGUCCGGCCCCCAGAUCAAAUAAAAUGGUGCUAUUGCCUUA